AUGGUACAUCUUCUUCAGGCGGCCACUGCGGUAUGCGCCGAAGUCAAUACCAUCUUGGACUAUUUUUUUACUCGCCUGUGUCGUCAUCGUGCUGUGUCUUCUCGUAACUCCGCUCAUUCGGAGAGACGAGACGAAGAACAAUGGUUACCUUUUACCACCGCACCGUCCACUUCAACCAGAUGUGUAUCCACAACUUCCGCUCCCACUAUCACUCAGAGCACGUUAACCACUUCGAAAAAAUCCCCGUCUUCAUCCACGCUAGAAACCAUCUGUAUCUCAUCCAUAUCACCACGUCCAUGGUUAAACGCUACAAGGCCCACGACAAACCAUCUAUGCCACCACGGGCCACUAAGUCAGCAGCCACGACUCGACAGGACACGUCCGCCGCCGAACGUCACCACUCCACAUCGUCUGCCAGGAGUUCGCGCUCACGCAGACGACCACCACAAGAGCAGUCCAACUGUUUCUUUUGCGACGAUGACCACUAUACAUCUGAUUGCCAACGUUAUACUGGUCUCGGCAAACGCUACAUGCGCAUACUCGGACAAGGCCGCUGCUUCAGAUGUUUAUACCUCCAUACACCAGGCGAAUGACGCAGAGAGAGAGAGAGAUCAUGCAGAAACUUUUCUUUCAUCUGGCACUCCAGCCGUCUGUUCCGAGAACGUCAAGGUAGUCAACGGUGUCACUGGAGAUCUUCGACUAUUUUUUGACCAGAUAAUGGCGUUAUCCCAGAGGAACUACGAGUCCAAGUACCCCAGACGCCGCGGACACUCCACAUCAUCCAACUACUAA